AUGCCGACGCAGGCCUCGUCAUCAUCAUUUUCAGAGCACGGCGUGUGGCAAACCACCAGGACGCAUCUCAACUUUUUCCGCAUACAUGUCAUCUUCUUUACUGUGACUCCCCUGAUAUUCUCCGGAAUCUUUUAUGCCAGUAAUGGCAGAUACCCAGUUGCAUACAUCGAUGCGCUAUACAACUCGGUCAGCGCGAUCACCGUGUGUGGGCUGGCGACUGUGAACUUGAGUCAGCUUACUGCUUGGCAGCAAGUGUUGCUGUUCAUCCAGAUGUGUAUUGGAAACCCAGUUAUAGUGUCGUGGGUGAUGGUGUACACCAGGAGGCACUAUUUUGCUAGGAGAUUCGAUCACAUUAUUGAAGUAGAGGCUGCCCGACAAGCUGCGAUCAAGGUGGAGCAGCAGCUUACCACUGCGUCUGCAGGGAAGUCUACCCGCAGCCAAGGCGGAUGGUCCCGUCGUUUCUUUCGCCGGAAAACCGGCCUUAGUAUGGUACCGGAGGAUUCUGCUAGUGACGAUGCUCGAACGACACCGAAGAAGAGUGCAAGGAGAUUGAGGCCUGAUAUGAUCAGGCGCGUGGAUGCACCACCCAAACUGGUCAACCCGAGCGGGUGGGUGACUGAAAGCGGUGCGAUGCCCAUGAAGCGUUUUUCAUUGAGACCAAGUGCAACGAGCUCAGUUAGGCCUGUGGAAGAACCAACGUCCUCUCCUCAUCAAUUAGCGUUCGCUGAUGAAAGGACCCAUACUCCGGAGCAGCUUGAAUUGGACGGUGAUGUCGAGGUGAAGAACCUACAUGUAGAAACUGUCAACGCGGGUUCUAUAGAUCUGGAGAGAAGCACCUCUCGGGGUGCUGCAACAUCAGCUGCAUCGACUGGAAUGCCACGGACAGUAACUGUCGAAUUUGCACCCGCUGUUUCUCGUUCUUAUCACCCCCUCUUUCCCGUCGGUAGCCGGACCGGUCGCUCAGAUUCGCCCUCCGCUGAAAUUUUAUCAGAUUUUUCACAUUCAGGGUUCUCCUCGUCGCGUCCUCGCCUCCGCCGCUCUUCCGCAGUGCCUCAACAUUCGCACGUGCCAAUGGCACAGCACCCAACCACUCAAACACAUAGAUCUAGCGAAUCUAGGCGCGCAUCGAGCCUAUAUCCACCGCAUUCCUUCAAUCAUGUUGACCAACCGCAGGAGCAGAUGCUACGAGGGUUCGGGGGGUUCCCUAUGCCGCACGAGCUGCUGGGGAUGCUAUUUGGUUGGCUGUUUCCUCAUGCUAGAAACAGGUUGGAGAGAACCAUGACGAUUCCUGUUACUACUACACUGACGGGCGGUGGACUGGGACGGACUAUGAGUGGUGCUGCGAGUACCCCUGGGAGACCAACACAUGGCGGGAGCAUUAGCGCCGCGGAGGGCACCAAGCCUGUAACGUAUAUCUCGUUUGACGCAGUCGUCGGACGGAAUUCUGCGUUCCAUUUUUCGACGAAUGAACAGCUUGAGGAGUUGGGUGGAAUUGAAUAUCGGGCCCUCAACGCACUGCUAUGGUUGGUCCCGUCCUAUCACAUAGCCGUUCAAUUGGUUUCCUUCGUGGUGAUCGCUCCUUAUAUGUCAAUGCCAAAGUGGGCGAGUGAUUUCGAGCCUCCUGCGCUAUUUAGAAAAAUCACGGUCCCUUGGUUUUCACUCUUCCAAGUCGUAUCAGCGUACACCAAUACCGGAACUUCUCUUGUUGACCAGAGCAUGGUACCCUUCCAGACGGCCUAUCCGAUGAUCUUUUUUAUGAUGUUUUGCAUUUUGGCUGGCAACACUGCUUUUUAUGCUAUCCGUUUCACAAACUCGCCGUUCACCUUAGAAAGUUGGAUAAUCACGAAACUGGUACCGAGGAAUUCUCGACUGCAUGAAACGCUCCAUUUCCUCUUGGACCAUCCCCGUCGAUGCUUUGUUUAUCUUUUCCCUUCGUAUCAGACUUGGUUUCUGUUUACGAUUCUGGUCAUCAUGAACCUCACAGACUGGUUCUGCUUUAUGGUCCUCGACAUUGGAAAUCCUGACAUCGAUUCCAUACCAUUAGGAACGAGACUUGUCGCUGGACUAUUGCAGGCAAUCGCUGUUCGUGCUGCGGGAUUCGGCAUAGUUCCACUCGCCAGAAUAGCUCCCGCCGUCAAAGUCAUGUAUGUUAUCAUGAUGUAUAUUAGCGUAUACCCCAUUGCCCUAAGUGUCCGCUCGACAAACGUCUACGAAGAGCAAUCCCUGGGUAUAUACAAGAACGAUAACUACUCGGAGGACGAGAUUGCCUUUUCAACCGCAGGUCCAAGGAUGACGGUGUGGUCUCGGUACUUGGCUAUGCAUGCACGUCAACAAUUGUCAUCCGACAUGUGGUGGUUGUGUCUUGCGCUGGUGUUGGUUUGUAUCAUAGAGCGUGGAAACUUGGACAACACGGAGAUACAGGGAUGGUUCAAUAUAUUUACCAUCAUUUUUGAAUUAGUCUCAGCAUACGGCACUGUUGGUCUCAGUCUCGGGAUACCUACCGAAAAUUACUCGUUUUCUGGUGCCUUAAAACCUCUUUCAAAGCUCAUUUUCUGCCUCGUCAUGCUUCGCGGCCGACAUCGUGGUCUUCCUGUGGCCAUCGACCGGGCAAUUCUACUCCCCUACGAAUUUGAAAAGACGAAGGACGAGCCACUUGUCCCUGCGACGCAUGACGAAAGGCGAUCAAGCUCCCGUAAUAGCGAGUCUCUCUACCCGCGCGACCCACUUCAGAACGAGGACGGUCCCGCCUCCGGCAACGAGAGACAAGAUGAGAAGCGGAGUGGCACUUGUUGA